AUUAUGAAGCAAGCUUCAUUCGGUUGAUGGACAAAAUAACAAAUGGUUCCCGCAUUGAAAUAAAUGAAACUGGUACUACACUAUAUUACCAACCAGGGCUUCUGCAUGGAGGAAGGAUUGAACAUGACUGUCACCCACAACGCUCCAUUGGCUAUUACCUGGAAGCCUUGCUGUAUCUAGCUCCUUUUAUGAAGAGACCAUUAAAAGCCAUCUUGAGAGGCAUCACCAAUGAUCAAACGGAUCCUUCUGUUGAUACUCUUAAGGUGACAGCCCUCCCCUUAAUGAAACGGUUUCGUAUAGAUGGUGAAGGACUUGAGCUAAAGGUAGUCCGGAGAGGCAUGGCCCCUGGAGGAGGCGGUGAGGUUAUGUUCUCGUGCCCAGUACGGAGGUUUUUAAAGCCUAUCCAGUUAACUGACCCUGGCAAAAUUAAGCGGAUCAGAGGUAUAGCGUAUCCUUCUCCAAUCU